AUGGGUGAACAAACUGGCAGACCAGAUUUAGUUGUCUCAAUAGACUUUGGAAUGACAUGUACCGGAGUCGCUUUCUGUAAUGUUGCGACAGGAUCUCUUGGUAGCGUUAGGCAUAUUCAGAGAUGGCCUGGGAGGAUGCAGGCAAAUGAAAACAAGGUUCCCACUAUCCUUGUAUACACUCAGGGAUCUUCCGCACCCUCAUCUUGGGGCUUUCUCGCUGAGACUGCCCAAGAAAAAUGUGAUGAUCGAAGCCAAAUCCGGGAGUUGUUCAAGACUAUGCUGGAUGAGGGCAUUUUAGAGGAAAUGCGCAAAGCUUCAAAUCAGCCAGCCCAAGUUCCCCGUAUCCAUGAAAUUGAGCAGUGGUACUAUGACUACUUUCAAUUCCUCUAUCGCUGUGUUGAAACAAGGCUGAAGGGCGAGCUUGCGAGCCGAUGGGAGGAUGCUAAAAUCGAAUUUAUAUUUUCGGUGCCUACAACCUGGAGACCGAACCCGACUGUGGAGCGCUUUCGGAACAUCAUAUCUCGUGCAGGUUUUGGCCAAGCGCCGAAUCAUACUGCGGUGAUUGGGCUAACGGAGGCGGAGGCUGCCGCAGUGCAUACUGCGCGUAGUACACCAGCGAUUUUCAAGGAGAACGAUAUUCUGCUCGUAUGUGACGUGGGAGGAGGUACAACGGAUUUGUCAGUCUUUCGCGUUAAGAAUACGAGCAGUCGUGGGGAGUCAUUGAGUCUCCAACAAGUUGACACGGUUUUUGGCGCGACUAUAGGAUCUGCGCAUCUAGAUACUCUCUUUGCGAAGUUCGUGCAAGAGAAACUGCAGCUUGCGAAUACAAUAUCACCCAUGGGUCUCGAGAAUCUCAGCUUAACUGCGUGGGAAAUGCGAAGCAGCAAGGAGUACCAAAAUGCGAAAUGUGACUACGGUUCCGAUGAGUCCUUUUCCGACACCGAGGUAUUUGCUGUGCGUGUUCCGAAACUUGACCGACGCUAUGUAAAUGAGGAAUACGGAAUUCGCAACGGAGAUAUGAAUUUCGGAAGCAGAGAUGACCUCCGACAAUUCUUUGAUGCCCAGAUCUUGAAACUUUUCGAUAUGAUCGACAAGCAGCUCGUUCGCCUUCAGAAGAAGAUGCCAAAUGAACAAGUUGCUCACUUGGUUCUCUCCGGAGGACUUGGCAACUCCGCCUACGUGCGAGACCGCCUACGCGAUCGUUAUGCUUCAAGAAAUGCGAGCCACCCUAAUGCUCGGAACAUGAAGAUCAGAGUCGCACCGAACCCACAGCUUGUCGUGUGUAAAGGCAAUGUGGCAGAUCGGGUGCAAAAGCUCAAGAGUGGGAAAUCUGUACUUGGAUGGCGUUGUUCUCGAUUCUCUUAUGGGACGAUCUGCAAGGUGAUUUACAAUCCACAAAAUCCAUUUCAUCAAGGGGCUCGUACGAACUAUGAUCCCCUUGAUGGCCACACCUAUAUUUCAAACUACAUUGAUUGGUUCAUCAAGCAGGGCGAACCUGUCUCGAACAACCAGCCAAUUGUUCGCGGCUUUCGUCGUAAAUGCUCACCAGCCACAAGUACAAAUCCAAACCCCCCACGAGUGUUCCCUACCGAAAUUGUCUGCUCUGAUGUUGACAAAGCCAGUCUGCCGAUUACGAUGACCUCCUUAGACUCCGAUUUCUCUUCUCUUCCUCUCUCUACGUUCAAGCUGAAAAACAGACACUGGUGGAACUCCGGGCCAAAGUACCAUCGUGUGGAUUACGUUGUCAAGGUGAAUAUCGGACCCGCCGACAUCUCUUUCGAGCUUUGGCAUGAGGGCGUGAAACUCAGCAAGGACAAUUCUAUCAAGGUGGAAUGGCAUGAAUCGGCGGCUCCCGAUCCGAGCCUCCACCCAGUCGCUGCAGAUCUCCCGAUGAACUCCCUCUCCUCCCUACAUGAACCAUUAAUCAAUGGUAGGGGUGCAGGGAAUAGUGGAAAUCUGGGGUACAGGAGUAUGCAACGAUAUGGUGCCCGACCUAUGCCCUUGCACAAUGGGAGUUCGGAACCGCUAAGCAUCUAA